AUGGGAGGACAUGUAUGGCAGCUGGGCCUCCAGCUGUGUGUUAUUGCUGUGCUGCUCUUUGGUGAAGGAAGAGGGAGAGAAUUCCCUGGCAGCCUGAGCUGCCUCAAUAACUACGUGACUACUGUCAGCUGCACGUGGGCAACAGAGGAGCCUGUGGGCGAUGGACCUUUCUACCUGCAUUUCACCAACCUCUGGUCAAAGGGCCACAACGCCAGCUGCAAUCUGAAUGCCAGAGAGGGAAUGCAGAAUCAGUACCACUGCACAAUCCAUUUAGCCAGCCAGAUCUUGGAAGCUGAUGGUUACAGAGUCUCUCUCCAAGGCAACUUCUUUGGAUGUAAUUACACAUAUAUUACCUUUCCAGAGUACAAUCCCCGCAACCACAUAAAACUUGACCCACCUUUGAACAUCCAGAGCAACGUCACUGCCAGCAAGUGUCAGAUAUGGUGGAGUGUACCUUGGUACCUCACUGAAAUUCUUCAAUACGAGUUGCAGUAUAAGGAGUACAGCAUGUCCUGGGAGGCUGCAUUGAACAAGACAGUGCCCAGUUCACUGCCACAGAUAGAAAUUGAAGCUACAGAGCUUCGCAGAGGCAUUGCUUACGUUGCACGAGUUCGCUGCAAAGUUUCUGAGGAUGAGGAUUCCUACCAUAGCCAGUGGAGUGAGUGGAGCCAGAAAACAGUGUUUCAAAGAGAAGGUGAACCAAAACUAUCUGAAAACAUGCUAAAUAAGAGGACUCUGCAAUUUUUGUUUAUUCCUCUGAGUUUUGGGACUCUACUGUAUAUAUUUUGGAACUGCAAGAUUUCCUCAAGGGCAAAAAGGCUCUCCUGCUUUAACAUUCCCACACCGGCUGCUUUCUUUCAGCCACUCUACAAUUUUCACAAUGGGAAUUUUAAGGACUGGGUUGGACCUAACAUGGCUUGUAUCCAACUCAGAAGAGAAGAGGCUAGCAACUCAAACCAAGUGACUGCAGAUGGAAUUUUUGAUAUAAACACCCAAGAAUUGAUUUCCCAGAUCUCCUUGAAACCUAUAGAAAGCACAAAUCUGGUUGGUGCAGAAGAAAACUUUGUAUUUGCCCCAGGUUCAAGCCAGCAGGAUGUCCCCAGCAGGUAUUUAAGACCAGAAGAGGUAGGAGUAAGAUUGGGACUGUUGUUUGCACAAAACCAUGCUGAUGAUACAGCUGGUCAGAAAAUAUCUGAAAUAAUUAAAGCCAAUCUUGAGAGCCCUGGCAUGGGAAGGAGUUAUCCCUCUGACCCACAGCACGGAAAGGAUGAUUUCCUUAUGCUUCAGGAAUCUUUGGAGAUAGCAAAUUUGUCCUUCAGCAGUAGUGACUACUGUACCUUGUGUGAUAAUGAUACCAUGGGAGGUUUGAUUCCUGCUGAACUACUGAUGCUCUCCAACUUCAGUCUUGUUAAACAUCAGAAUGAUCAGAGUGACCUUCCCUGAGGAAUACUGCCUGCAAAAAUAUUUGUCUUGUCCUCUCAUCUUCAAACACUGUCUUCCCAAGUGGCUUAAAUGGUGACUGUGCAGAAAAUUACAAAUGUACCAUUUCUAGGUAAAUCUUCAAUAUUUGUACUUCAAAAGAAAAUUGUAUCCAACUCCUCUGGCUAGCAAAUACUAGCCCACAGGCAUGACAAGGCCUGACUCCAGCAGCAUCUGCUGUUUCAGGAGGCAGGCAACCAUGCCCUUCCCUAAUUUAACCUCCUCAAAGCAGCAGAAGUCCAUCAACCCCUUAAUCUAAGGAAGCAGCAUCAGACCUGCUAUUUUUUCCUUAGGAGGAACUAGUGGAAUUGUGUGCCUCUCCCUGGCCUGCAAGAUGAUGCUUUCCAAAUUUCCUUGUGAGACAACAGCUCUGCACUGCUCUCAGUAGAUAGGUCUUUCCUCACUGCAAAUCAGGUUAACUCAACCUUUACUCUAUCCUGAACAUUAGCACCUGCUAGACUGAGAAGCAGCAACAUUUGUGGUGUGAAGAACCAUGA